GAGGCAAAUGGAUUUAAAUGUGAGCUGCUGACCUGGAAAUACCAUUAACUGAAGAAAAAGAAAAGCUCAGACAAGCUUUAAAAAGAUGUGUUUAAAUAAGAAAAAAGGGGAGCAUUUUUGAUGACUUAUGAAGAUUUUUUACGACUGUCAAACAAUAUAAAAAUAUCAUAUUCUUACUUCAGAGGGAAGGAGAGAGAAAAAGACUAGAUUUUUUCUUUUUAAAGAAACAAUUCUUAGUGGGGAAAAGCGCGCAUUGGACGUCAAUCGCCCCGAAACGAGCUUUUUCUACCAACUGUUUGAUUGGUGUGUCACAGGAUGGAUUUUUAAUUGUUGUUUGACGCAGCUUUUAUUUUUUAAGAGAGGAGAGACAAUCAGAUAGUCUGGAGUUGAUCUAGGGAUUUUUUUUCAGAACUAUUAAUUAAUUGGAUAUCGCUCUAAUUUUUAAAGGGCGUAUUUUGCUUUUUCUGUAAGAAUGUCAGGCUUUGUCCCACAUUUACUUUUCUCCUUUUUUAUUCUUUUGGGACCGGUAUGGAGUGCAUCAUACCCCCAGAGGUACAACCUUUAUAUGGGGCAGCGCCAGACCACACAGCCCCAGCAGCCGAGUGUGUUGAGGGCUUCCAACAGACACAGGAACUACUGUGCAUAUGUAGUAACUCGAACAGUGAGCUGCAUGGUUGAGGACGGUGUAGAGACCUAUGUGAAACCAGACUACCAGCCGUGCUCCUGGGGGUCGAUUCAGUGCUCUCGCAUAGUAACGUAUCGAACAUAUAUGAAACCUAGGUACAAAGUAGCUUACAAGAUAGUUACUGAGAUGGAGUGGAAGUGUUGUUAUGGUUACUCAGGAGAUGACUGCAGCGAAGGACCCACAGGAGGCCAGUCACAAGGGACCCAUAUCUCCACAGUUAUGCCCCGGCCCAAACCAGUACGUCCAGGACAGACUGGCGGCAACUCUGGGAAUGUACAGAUGGGAGGAGAAGGAAGACCUGGCUCUGACAAGGUGAAACACUUGGAAAGCAAGGUCCAGAGUCUGACCAAAGAACUCCAUGACCUCCAGUCCACCCUGCGAGGGAUGAACGAAAAGUUUCAUGAGGAGAUUCGCAAGACCCUAUUGACAGCGCUCAAUGGCAAGCAGCCAGCUGAUGCUGCACACCCAGAGAUGAAGGAAACCCUCAGUGACAUUCAGAGAACAAUACAGCAUCUUGACAACCGUAUCCAGGUGCAUGAUAGAGAGCUGAACUACCUGAACAACAAAUCUCAGACAACUGGUGAAGGGGGGGAAAACUUAAUUGAAUAUUCAGACACUAAAAUGAACCAAAAACUCACAGACCUGAAGGGCGAAGUCAUGAAAGACUUGGAAAAAAGACUCCAACAGUCUUGCUCGGCCUGCCAAUCGCAAGUGGUGGUCUUGAGGAAGCAGCAGGAGGAAGACAGAGACAGGAUCCGGGGGCUAGAGAAACUCAUUAACUCUGUGGAUCAGCGGAACAAGCAGGUGAUGGACAUUGUGCAGAAACACGUGUCAAGUUCAUCUAACCAGCCUUUAAGGGACUGCUGUGCCCAAGUGGACCAGAUCGAACAUAAAGUCAGUGAUGUUGACAGGAAACUGCAUUCUGUCUCUGAGGCUUAUGAUGUUUUGAACGGGCGGCUUGACAAUGAGUUUGAGAAGGACGACAUUUUGAAUAGAAAAGAGAAAACAAAUGCCCUUCUAGAAGAUUUAGAAAGCCGCCUAAACAUGACAGAGAGGAACAUAGAAGAGCAUUGUCUCUUUGUCCAAACCGAGCUAAAGGGUUAUAUCCAUAAGGAGAUAAAUGACUUGAGGAAUGAGUUUAAUGAUAGGUUUGAUGAAAAUGGAGCCAAAAUAUCUAACAUAGUUCAAAAUUUGGACAGCUUAAAGGACAUAAUUGUUGACCAUGGCAAAGGCCUUGAUAAAGUCUUCAUCCUCACGUCUGACAUGGAGAAUCAAUUGACUUCAGCAGUUAACAGUUGUGCUGAAAUCUGUGUCAACAGUGGUCCUCCACAUCCAGAAGAUGAUGACUCUAAAAUGUCAGAUGUAGUGAAACAUUUGGAGUGGAAGGUCAUUGUAAAUGAAGGAGAGAUUAAAAACUUUGGAAACAAGAUAAAGAACCUCUCAAUCUCUGGAGAUUUACUGAGGAACACAGUGGUAGAUAUUGGCCAUGAUGUACAGAAACUGAAGACCUUGACGGGGCCCAAUGGUGAACAUAUCAAUAGGAUUGUUACUAACAUAGAGAACCUUGAGAAAGAAUUAGAUUACAAUACCUUAACAAGUCUUACCAUUUGCAGCUCUGUGGAAAACCAACUAGUUUCUCUGCGGAAUGAGACAGAAGACUACUUGGAUAAACUGGCUGUGGAUCUGAAUAACAUACGUACCAGAGUGGAUUCUGAGGACACAACUUGUGCCCAAAUAUGCUCAAACCUACAGGAAGAAGUCGGGAAACUAAAGGAAGAAGUAGAAAAAUGCAGCGGACAAUGUAAGGUAGUCUUGAAGACGCCAGAUGGAGGCCAGGCAGGAGGGGAUGAUCUAAACCAGCAGAAACCUUUAGAUGGACACAGUGUUAUCGGCGGGACUUCCAGCGUCAACUUGAAGUCUAUUCAAAGAGAGCUUUCAGAGGUCAUUCUGACGUUCAACUCCAUUAAUGACACACUCAAAGGCCUUGAACAUACAGUGCAGAAGCACACUAGUGUUAUCCAUGACCUGGGCACCACUAAGGACAAAAUCAUCUCUGAGAUCAACAAAAUCCAGCAGGAGGUGAACGAGCACAUUGAGGACAGCAAAGGCAGGUUCGACCAUGUCAGUAAGGAGAUCCAUCGGUUUGGUAACAACUUCAUGGUAGAAAUGGGUGAGUGUAAACAGUCAUCUGACGGCCUGGAAAAGAGGAUUUCCAAGAUGGAGAACCUUUGCGGAAAGCUUGACACAGUGUCAGGCAGCUUGGAAAAAAUUAAGGAUGGCCUGAACAAACAUGUGUCCAGCCUCUGGAACUGUGUCCAUGGGUUAAAUAGCACAGUCAUUACCCACAGUGGCUACUUGGACACUAUUCAGAAUACACAGCUGGAUGGAAUUAAUCAACAACUAAACUUAUUGAACUCCUCCAUGCUCACCUUAUUCAAGGAGUUCCAGGACUUUACCCUUCAGGACUUUAUGGGACUUCCAGGUCCAUUAGGCCCCCAGGGAGAGAGAGGUUUCCAAGGACCCCCUGGACCACAAGGGCCCCCAGGCAGGGAUGGAGCCACAGGCAGACCAGGAGAACAAGGACCAAUGGGACCCCCGGGUAUCAGAGGCGAACAAGGUCUUCCUGGUUUAGAUGCAUCGGUUCCAAGGCUUUCAUUUUCAGCAGCUCUGACAUACCCACAGGUGGAUGCUGGAACAAUCAUUUUCGAUAAGGUCUUAGUGAACGACGGUCACUUCUAUGAUCCUUCUACUGGAAUCUUUAAGGCUCCUUAUGAUGGGCGAUACUUCUUCAGUGCCAUCUUGACAGGCCACAAGAAUGAGAAGAUUGAAGCCGUGCUCUCCAAAUCCAACUAUGGGAUUGCACGUGUGGACUCCGCCGGAUACCAGCCUGAAGGGCUGGAGAACAAACCUGUGGCUGAAACCAAGCCCAUCCCAGGCUCCCUAGCUGUCUUCAACAUCAUCCUCCCGCUGAAGACUGGAGAUACGGUCUGCAUUGACCUGGUCAUGGGCAAACUGGCACACUCUGAUGAACCGCUCACAAUUUUCAACGGGGCACUUGUAUAUGAAGAUGAUGUGUAAUACAAUUUAAUGUGACAGAGACGACAACUGCUAUUUCUUUUUCAUCAAUUCUUUAAUUAAGAGGAUAAUAAAGGGCUAACGGUGGAAUAUAUUGUUGUUCCUCAACACAAAAACACAUGGAAUGGCUGCCACUGAGAUUCAUUGUUAUCCCACAUGACAUAAAAACCUGCUAGCUGAUUCUGGAGGACAAUAUAAAUGAGUUAAAAAUGGUCUUCGUCACAAGCAAUAUAUUAGCACUGCCUGAAUGCGAGAAUAGUAGGCAUUAGCCACUGGUUUUAAAAGAUGUUUAAUCCAAGAGUACUCAAAUAUAUAAUGUUAAAAUGAAAUUACUAUUGUUAGAAUGAAUAGUCUUUACUUUGUAAGUUGUACUGUAAACAUGGAUUAUAAGAGGUCUUGCACUUGACAACAAAAAUACCUCUAACUUUGACAUCAUUCAAUGAUAUUUUAACCAUAACAAAAGAUGAUCUAAAAUGUGUAAAUCACAUUUAAAACAAAAAACAUUGCAGCCACAGAAAGAAAUGGCUUAUCUUCUUAUUUUACUUUGUCAAUAGGGAGUUUUUAAUCUAUAGAAUAAUUUUUCUUACUGUUUUUUGUUUUAUUUACACAACUGUGGUAAGAAUACCAGAGGAGUUACCCGUCUUCAGAUGCCUUCAGUUAAAUGUAUUCUAACAACAACAACAACAAC